UGGUGAUGUAUUGGUUUUUACAAAAUCAAACGGAGCUCUACGUUCAAUGGUUGGAAUGCUUGAUGUUUCUUAAUCCAGAAAAGCUCCAAUAGUUAGCUUUGGCCAGUUAUGAUGUCAACUCAAAUCUUGACCCUGCAAAGUGCUCUUUCUUACAACAUGUCUAUAGCCCUGACGGAGGAACUUAAGGACUUGCUAGGCACUCAAAAUGGCAAAUUGAAUUAAAAUAUGUUAGGAAAGACUCUGGUGCCAAUUUAUCCAUGCCAUGGUUUGUGUCCAGAAUUUAAACUCGCCUCCACCUACCAAGGUGUGAUUCCUGGGAGUGGUUGGGGUGUAGGGGGCUAGCACUGGCUGUGGCUGCAGGCCUCUGGCAACUGGGUGCUUAGUGUAAUUUUUGGUAAUUAAUUUCAACGUUAUCUUUAUCAUCUGGUAAAUCUUUUUCCCCCCCUUACACAUGUCAACGAUGAAAAACGGAAAUGCAUCGAAAUUUCUAUCUUUCUAGUAAAUCUUGAAGUACAUUGGAGCAUAGAUGCAUCUGUCCACUCUAAAGUGCUUCAUAUGUGCAUCCUUAGAUCUUGGCAAUGCGCCAUCCGAGAAGACUCGUUUUGGCAGGUUGUUUGGCGGCUUUGAUUGUAAUGACUGUUCUAUCUGUUCUCGUUGGUUGGGCUACUCCCAAUUUGAUUUCUCAGAAAUGGGCACAUCAUGUCACAACGUUGUUGUUCUUUGGGUUUGGCUUCUGGUCUUUGUGGGAUGGAUUCCAUGAUGGAGGAGACGCUGAAGAAUUAAAUGAAGUUGAAGCGAAACUGGAUGCCGACAUAAAGAAGGCCAAUGCAGGAGCAAAUAAGGGGAGUGACAAGGUUGAUGAUGAUGUGAAGAAGCAGAGAAGACCAUUUCUCUCACAGUUCUUCUCUCCAAUAUUAUUGAAGGCAUUUUCUCUCACAUUUUUUGGCGAAUGGGGUGACAAGAGCCAGCUAGCAACCAUUGGUUUGGCUGCAGAUGAGAAUCCAUUUGGUGUAGUUCUUGGUGGAAUACUUGGACAAGCAUUAUGCACUACUGCAGCUGUCAUUGGAGGAAGGAGCUUAGCAGCUCAGAUAUCUGAAAAACUUGUUGCCCUCUCAGGUGGAGUUCUGUUCAUCAUUUUUGGGAUUCAGUCUUUCCUUUCUUCUGUAGAACCGUGAUGCAUGCUUCCCAGUGAUCAGACCAUGACAGCUCUGGGACCUUGAUAUUGGUAGGAAUGUCCCUUUUGAAGCUUUGAUUACUCACAGUGAGUAGACAACAUUGAUAUUAUCCAUUAAAAUGUCAUGCAGAAGGCUAAUCAUAAAGGCAAGGCUUGGCAUAACCUCUAGUCCUCUUGUGCAUGAACAAAAUUGGCUCUUUUGUUGUAACCUACAUAGAGGAACCAUUGAGAAGAGGAUCAUCCGUCGUCCCUCUCUCUCACACCUGUGUGUGCAGUACAAGUACACAGCAUUCCUAACAACGCUAGACUGUUGUACUGUUAUUAUGUUUGGAGUGCAGAUUUAGUUUUUAACAAAUCUAUUCACUUGCUACUAUUUUUCAA